AUGUCGACUUUUGAUGGGGCCGUCCGGGAAUUUCCCUCCAUUCAGAUCGACUACUUCCGCAAGAAUCCAGACAGGCCACCUCCCCUCGCCUGCUUCCUCAGCCAUGUCCACAGUGACCAUCUUCAAGGACUGGAGUCCUUCAGGACUACGUUCAUCUACUGCUCUCCGGCCACUCGAGAGAUGCUCCUACGCAUCGAAAAAUAUCCCCAUCGUAUGAACUUCAGCAAAGGCAUUCUAGAGUCUCGGAGACUGCAUUACAAGCACCUGUCGAAGCUUCUGAGACCUAUCCCGUUGAAUACCCCAACCGAGCUAGAGCUCACCCCACGGCUGUCAAUCCGAGUCACUCUUUUCGAUGCAAAUCAUUGUACAGGCGCAGUAAUGUUCCUGGUAGAGGGCAACGGGAAGGCUAUCCUAUACACCGGUGAUAUCCGUGCUGAACCUUGGUGGGUCAACAGCAUCACCCGUCACCCCGUCCUCAUCCCUUACACCCUAGGGAACAAGCGACUGGACAACAUAUACAUUGACAACACCUUUGCCCAUCCAUCCCAUCUAUUCCAUGCCUUUCCAUCUAAGGCAGAGGGUCUGAAGGAGCUGUUGGCAAAGGUUCAGUCGUAUCCGGACAACACUACGUUUUACUUUCGAGCCUGGACAUUCGGCUAUGAAGAAGUUUGGAUGGCACUAUCGGCAGCCCUCAAUUCAAAGGUCCACGUGGAUCGCUAUCAGAUAGACCUUUAUAGGUCACUUGCCUCACAAGGUGUCAGUGAUGCCCCGUUCCUUUGUGGGUACGAACUCGGUAAUCGGUUCGUGUCUGGCUGCCUUAGCGAGGAUGAGAGCUCGCGCAUCCAUAGCUGUGAGCCAGGCGUUCACUGCCGUGUAGCUGCUUCUCGAAACACCGUCUACAUCGCACCGAUUGUCAACCGAACAAUGGACGGCUCAGAAAUGCCCGAGAUUGGAGCAGGCGGGGGAGGCGGUGACCUAUACCAAGUUCACGAACUCGAGCUCCAAGACCAGUCAGCUUUGGAAAAGCUAGAGAAGCUCUGUCUUGAGCGUAUCCAUGAUAUACAAGCGCUUUCACAAACAAGACAGGCACUUGUCGAUGCGUUCCGAUCCAAAACCAAUGUGCUCUCUCUCGAUACCUACGGUAUGAAAGAUGCACACGAAAUGUCUCUAGAGAGUUUCAUAAGCAUCCUGAGCCGUGGUCGUCCUGACGGGGAAGAUUGGUCAGGCAAUGUGAACCACCACACACAUCUUCAAGAUAAACAAGGCAAUCCCCUCCCUAGGAUCAUUAACUUCCCCUACUCUCGCCAUUCUUCUUACGACGAGCUCUGUGACCUCGUCUCCGCCUUCAAACCAAAAGACGUCCACCCCUGCACAGUCGACCCAAUGAACUGGGACGAAGGAGUGUCAAUACAAACCCUCUUCGGUCAACUCUGCAGCGGCACUGAGUUCGCUCACGAUCAAUACAUGCGAGACAUGACAGCAAACGACCCAGACCUCCGCGCCAGAAAACGAGCCCGCUACGAGGGCUCCUUCAGGACGCAAUCAAGCCAACAAACAUCCAGCGGGAUAGACAGUAGUGUUCCAGAACAUCCUCAACCAACUACCCCCGAGCCACUCUCUUCCUCCUCAGACCAGAUACCUCUUCCAUCCUCCCUCGACCCAAUCAACGAGCCCACCCCGAUACCCAUCAAUGAACCACUCACCAUCCCAGCCUCAACCCCAGGGGCAGCAAAGGCACGACGCGACGAGAUCCGCCGGGCCUGGCACAUACUCAACAACGCCGAUCCCCCCGAACGUUCGCUCUAUGAUCUCGGCCCCCUCCCUUCCUCCUGGACGACCACCGACGAAGAGGAAAUCAGCCCCACCCCUCACUCACUACCAGAAAGACCACUCAAAAUCAAAGACAAGCACAUACCAGUAACUCCAACAUCACCUUCAAUCACUAACCCAGAACCACAAAAUACCUCCAUAGAUGACCACCCCGAGGACCCAAACUCAAGCUCUCAACCCCAACCUAACAGCCAGCUCAGCCAAUCCCUUUCCCUCAGCUCAUCCGCAUUCAAAUCCCAAGAAUGCGGACAAAAUUCCGACCACCACCACUACCAAGACUCAGACGAAGAAGACAUAACCGCCAUCCCCAGUUACGACGGUACAGAUGAUCGUCCUCGACGACAACGACAAGAUACGAGACGAUCAAUCUCAACUCAGAUCCGCCGAGAUGCAUAUCUAGCCGCGAGAGCAGAUAGCUUUGACGCCUGGGCGUCGGUUUCUUUGAUGUCCACGGGGAACAAUCAUACUGAGGAGGAAAUCGAGCUUUGAUUUCAUUUGUCAUUCUUUCCUUAUAUGUAUUUUCUUUCUUUCAUGUUUAUUUUCGUGCUUUGGCAUAUUUAGAUAGGAUUUUGGUUGCGUAGCUGUAAGGUAGGAAUAUCCCAAGGAACCACAGUAGUAAGUAUAAUGUUUGAGUGCUAUGCCCGAGAGAAAAAAAAAGAAAAAGAAAAGAAAGAAAGAAAG